AUGGAAAACUAUUUUGAUCCGGAGUUAGGCGGUUUGCGUUCUCCGACAACCGCAGAUAGCUCGACUCCAGCAGGAAGUCCGGUUUGUGACGGGAUCUUCAGCGACGAUGAUCAAGUAGUAAAGACGGAGUGCUCGUUCUGUGUGGAAGAACGGGCAUGGACGCAGAGUACGCGGCAAUUGAGAGAGGCGAACCAAGAAAUUUGUUUGGUGAACGCUGACGAGCACGCGUCGUUGCGCGGACGAUUUGAAGAAGAACUCAGAGAAAAAUUCAAAGAAAUGAAACACUGGCAAGCGGAACUUCAAAAAGCACUUAAAGAGUGCUUUUGUUUGCGGGAGCAGAUCUCCCGCUUGAGGAUGGGGAUUUAUGGGGGGAGGUUACCCCAGUCCGAGGGACCUGAUCGAUGUGAAGGGUGCAAGGAUGCCGCACUUGAGUUGCAGAAAGAACUCUCCGACUACCGUCGAGUGAUUGAAUGGAAGAAAGAAUUGGAUUAUUUUAAUGACCAGGAAGUUGAGAGGCAGAAAAUCCUUAUGGAGAUUAUGAACAGCAUUAUAGAAAACUGUAAGAUGAAGUAUGAAUUGGUAACGAAGACAAACUUCGAUCUGCGAGUCUCUUUGUGGCACAUGAGAUGCUUUCUUGAAGAAUCAACAUACAUACCAAGUGACAUGCGCGCCGUCAGGCCCCAGGGGCCAAGGGAAGAGGCUCCACCUUAA